AUGAUGGAGGCGGAGACAAAUGCAGAUAAAAGAAGUCAAUUAGCUCAAAAGAUGGACCGAUGGAAUAAAGCACUUAUAGAAGUUGCUAAUUUAAAAGGAAAUGAUGUAAGAGGAAGGCUGGAGACAGAGUUUAUUGAAGAAAUUGUGAAGGACAUCCACCGUAGAUUACAUGUACCCUUAAGGAGCGUUCGAUCACAGCUUAUUGGGAUGGAAUAUUAUAUUAACUUCAUCACUUCAUGGUUGAAAGAUGCAUCCUCAUACACAGCAGACAUACUCACUAUUUCGGGUAUGGGUGGGAUCGGGAAGACAUCUUUAGCCAAACAUGUCUAUGGGCUAUAUUCACAUGAAUUCCAAAAAAGCAGUUGUAUUGAAGAUAUUAGUAGGGUAUGUGAUGGAAAGUUUAAUGGGUUGCUUGAUUUACAAGAAAAACUAAGCAGUGACAUUUCAAAAACAAGUUCCGUUAAAGUUCAUGAUGCUUCGGUAUACACCUCAAAGAUAGAGAAUGCAGUAGCACGUAAAAGGGUGUUUCUUGUUCUUGAUGAUAUUAGUACGCUUGAUCAGUUGGAUGCGUUACUUGGAAGCAAAGGUUUUCAUCCAGGAAGCAAAAUCAUUAUAACCACAAAGGACAGGCAUUUGACAAAGAGUUGUGCAAUAUUCAAAACAAACAUUGAACCCAUGCAUAAAGAGCUCGUGCUUCAAGGCUUACUUGAGAUCAAAGCAUGGCAACUUUUGUGUCUCCAUGCAUUCAAAUGCAAUUAUCCCAAGAAAGGUUACCAAGAGGUGUCAUAUAAGCUUGUGAAGUAUUGUCAAGGACAUCCAUUGGCUCUUGAAGUAUUGGGAAAAUCUCUAUAUGAUCGAGAUGUAACUUAUUGGGAAGGGUGCAUAGAAGGGCUAAAGAAAGAAACAUAUUCUCAUGUAAAUAAUGUCUUGAGAAUGAGCUUUAACUCUUUGCCGUCCAAAAAUGAUAAGGAUUUGUUUAAGUAUAUUGCUUGUUUUUUUGUCGGAAUAGAUAGAGAUCUUACUGAAACAAUAUUAAAGGCGUGUAAUAUAAACACAGGAUCUGGAAUCCCAAAUCUCCUCGACCGAUUCCUUCUUACAAUUGGAGGGAAAAACGAGUUGAAGAUGCAUCAGUUGUUUCAAGAGAUGGGAAGGUUUGAAGUACGUCAAGAAUCACUUGAUAAGCCAUGGAAGCGAAGUCUAUUAUGGUGUCAUGAAGAGUCAUUCAGAGUGUUGAAACAAAAAAAGGGAAAGGGAAAUCUUCUAGGUCUUACCCUUGACAUGCGCAUGAUUGAGAAAGAGAGCAAUAUUGAAUCAUUUAUCGGUUGUUAUAAUAAUCAGCUUGAGAAGGGGAAAAAGUUGGAUGGAUCGUGCUUAAAAGAUAAAAGGUUACUUGGGUCAUUGAAGAUUCUAAAUUUAAGUUUUUGUAAAAAACUUCGUAGUCUUGGUGAUUUUGACCAACUUCCUGCACUUGAGAGCUAUUGCAAGAAGCUUGAAAAACAUCCAAGAAACAUAGGCAUGUUGAAGAAUGUUAAAACAAUGUUGCUAGAUGGUUGUAGUCCUUGUGGAUCUCGAAUCGAGAAUAGGGGUAGCGAUUCACUGGAAUUGUGCAAGGCUAACAACAUUGACAUAAAUACAAGAACCUCUUCCUCUGCCUCUGUGGGUGCUAUACCAAGUGAUUUGAAGUUGUUUGCAAUUUAUUUACCGAGGUCUUUAGUAAGUUUGUCACUUGCAAAUAGUAAUUUGUCCACUAAAUCCUUUCCCAUGGACAUGAGUUGCCUAUCAGUGUUAAAGGAAUUAUAUUUAGAUGGCAAUCCUAUAGAUUCCAUGCCCAGUUGUGUGAGAACCCUUCCUAGGCUUGAGAUGCUUAGUAUGCAACACUGUAAAAAAUUGAAGUCAAUUGAGCAUCCUCCACGUACACUAAGCAGGUUGCUCUUUCCUGUCAAUGAGCGUGUUUUACGCAAAGUCGUUUUUGAUCCAGACAUGUCCCCACUAGAUUUGUCAAGAAGUUCGGUGGUUUGUUCAGGUUUGUCAUAUGAAAUUGAAGGCAUUGUGAAAAUCCAACCAAUGGUAGGUGUGGAGGAGAAGGUAUUACGUAGCUUGGGCUGGAGUAAUUUAGACUUCCUUAACGAAAGGCACUUGGGAGCUAAUUCUUGGGAAUCUGAAACCCAGAUGAUUUAUGAAUUUGGAAUAUUCAGCACACAUUGUGAGACAGAGGAGAUGCCGAGUUGGUUUAGGGAUAGAAGCAUGGGGCCAUCAAUAUCAUUUACCAUCCCAUCAUCAUCAUCAUCAUCAUCUCCAAACAAUCUCCUUACAGGACUCAACUUCUGCUUCUCUGCUGACACAUUGAUAAUUCCCGAUGAUUGUGUUCCAUAUACAUAUGAUGCUCAUUUCCCUCUUUCACCAAUGAUGACAAUUAGUAAUAUAACAAAGAACCACAUGUGGAUAUACGAAUAUUAUGUGAACACACAUGUUGUUGAUGGAGGGUGUUGGGUGUUGUUAAGUCAUUGGAUGUUUGGGAUGAAUGAGAUGGAGGCUGGUGACCACAUUAUUGUUAGUGUUACAAUGCCGGAUUAUCAAGUCGUAAAGGAGUGUGGGGUGAGUCUUGUGUAUGAGGAUGAUGGAGAGAAGAAGGAAGAAGAAGAUACAUUGGGUUAUUACAAGUCAUGGAAUCACAUAAUUGGUGGAGAUCUCUCUCCUUUUCAGACAACUACAGGACAAUACAUCCUAGACAACCGACGGUUUUUUGCUGAUGGCAUUGAAUUGUAUCACUAUCAUCAUAAAUUCGUUCCAGACGUCCCCGACUUUCAAGCACAAAAGGAAGAUUGUUGGUUCAGAGCUUUAUCCCCAAGGAAGCCUGACAUAAGUGGUCGUGCACAUAAGAGACAAUGGGUCAAAAUCUUGGAUCAAAUUCUCACCACUCCUGUACUUGAUAUGCAGUUGAGUCCAAUUCAUAGAUUCAUCAUGUUCAGUAGAUGUUCUCGAGCAAAUUCUAUGUUAAUAACAAACUAUUGA